AUGGGAAGUUACAGCACGAUGGAGUCGAGAAUGGUAAACAUUGGGACUCAUUCCCUUUGUCUCUACUCGAUCGGACCAUCUCCCACCCCAGAUGUCAAGAAGCCAGCCGUGCUUUUAAUGUCAGGGCUGGCCUGUAGCAAUCUAGGAUGGGCUGCAGUCAUUCGUCUUCUGUCUCCCUACGUUCAUAUCUACUCUUAUGACAGAUCUGGUUAUGGUUCAUCCGAACCAACCCCUCUUCCACCUUCUGCGGAGAAUAUUGCUUUAGAACUGGAUCUUCUAGUCCAGAAUGCUGGAAUUAAACAGCCCUUGAUUCUUGUCGGACACUCGUGGGGCGGUAUUACUGCACCCGAAUACAUUUUGCGGGUUGGCAUUUCGCGUGUGGCCGGUUUGGUCCUUGUGGACACAAACCAGGAGCGUACACUGGAAGUCACUGAUUGGAGAGAUUCAAAUAUUGAAGCUCUAUCAAAAGAUAUCGACUACUACACCGCUCUUGGAAUACGUAAAGAGCACAAGUUAACGACCGAGGAAUUCUCCUUGUUGAUGGGUGAAUUGGUUAAGCCGCAUCACAUAAAGGCCGCGGAUAGGGAGAGAAUAGAGUACCCGCCAAGUCUUCCAAAGCUUGCUGAAAAGAAUAUAAUGAAGAUGAAUCCGCCACUACUUGGAAAUCGACCCCUUUGUGUCGUCAUUGGAAGAUCGGGCCGAGACUAUCAAGGAUUGUAUGAUGCAGGUGUUGAGAAGGGAAAUGGGACGGAAGAGCAGCGGAAGAGAAUGAGAGAAUUGAUUGAGACGUGGAGCGAAAAGGAAGAGGCUCUUCAAAGAGAACAAUUGGUAUACUCGACCAAGUCAAAGGUUCUGAUUGCCGAACAAAGUGGUCAUAGAAUUGAAUUGACCCAACCGGAAGUUAUUGCAGAAGCGGUGAAAUGGUGCCUAGAAGAAUACAUACCGGAUAACUAG